AUGACGAAGCAUGCUGGAGAGGAGGCGAUUGAGGAUUCGCAGGUCCCGUCUUUCUCUCUGACUGGCAUCGCAGAUGUCAGGCAACUUCGGGCAGUUGCAGCUCAACAGUGUGAUGUCGAUAUCGAGCUCGUUCAAGACAUGUUACCGAUCCUUGACAUGCAAGGCUUUUAUCUGAACCGUCACCGACACCAACCUUGUAGCUGGCAAGUACCUCUUGCAUUUGAUCUGCCUCUAGACAUUGAUAUGGGGAGACUUCAGCGAGCAUGGGAGGGACUAUUAGCGCAUCAUCCUAUCACACGGACGGGGUUCAUUGACUCGUCCUUUGGUACGUUCCAGGUCAUACUGAAGCAUGAAAGUAUGCAAUGGAGAUUUGAGAAAAGUCUCGCUGCGCUUUUGGCAGCGUGGGAAACCGAGGAUUUGAGUUUCCGACACAGAACCCACCAAAGCGCCUUGCUGAAAGCAAACGGGCAAACGCCGGGGCGCCUAAUGUGGUAUGUGAAUCAUGCUAUCGUGGACCAAAUCAUGAACGAGCAUAUAGCGCAAGAACUGUCCACCGUGUAUGAGGGCCAAGCCGUCUCUCUGCCGAAACGAAGGCCAUUCAAAAGCGUUGUAAACCACCGCCGAUGUAGCAACAGAUUGGGCUCGCAGACAUUCUGGCGCUCGCACCUGAGGGGAGCAAAGUAUACGACACUGUUCGAAGGCGCCAAAUAUACCAAAAGCGUGGCAUAUAGCAAAAUGACAUGCGAAGCCAGUAUCAAAAUUCCGGAAUGGCUCAAGAUAUCGGAGUAUUCGAUACCUGUGACAGCUUGGGCCAUAGCUUUCGCACGCUUCGCAGGAGUCGAGGACAUUCCUUUUUUCAUGAUCCGUGCGGGUCGUACGUCGACGCUGCCCGGCAGUGAGGAUGUGAUGGGACCUUUGCUCACAAGGGCCCCUCUGCGAGUCUCUGUCAAACGAGAUGCGCCCAUCGUUGACUUAGUCCGCCGCGUCAGCUGUGAUACUGAGGAGUCAGAGAACCACGAGCUCGUGCGGGAAGACGAUUUUCGAAGCGUCCGCGGAGAAGCCGCUGAACAUCUUGCGUCUGGGAUUUAUAUCAACUUUGUGCCGCCUUCCUCGGGGUUGACUCUCAGUUUCGAUGCGCUUUUCAAUGUCGCAGAGGAUUUUAGAGAUGGAUUAGGAUACCAGACUCUGCCAUUUGUUCUUAGCGGUGAGUUGCACUAUGGAAGCAUCAGGAUGGAUGUGACAUGGGACGAAGAAAUUAUCCCUCGACAAAGCAUUCAGGGCUUGUUGAAUGACUUCCAAGGAAUACUACUGGACUUAGAGCAGGUAAGUCUAGAUAUGACUGUGGACAACGUAUUGUCAGUCUAG